UAGAAAAGCAAUCUUCCUCGGAGAAACGGAACUAUUAGAUGAACAGCGUUGGCAAGAAUGACCUGUGGCACGAGCCGAUGUAUCAAUUAUUCUAUUUUGUUUCAUAUUUUUGCGAAUUAAAACUUAUAAAGCCUGAAGAACCGUAAUAAAAAUGGAUUGACAUAACUCACAGAAUGAUAUUGUAUCAAUUCAUUGCCGUUUCGUUUUAUAGCUUAUGUAUACUAUUCCAUGAAGACUCUGCAAUGUUAUACGACGAUGAAAGGAGGAAUGCCGGUGUAGACACAAAUACAGCCAUUAAAAUCAGAAAUCCGAAUUCGCUUGUGUUAAGUUCUUCUGCGUCAGGAACAUUUCUUCGCAAAAAUACAGGAAUCGUCGAUACAAAGCAAGUGACGAUGUAUUCUUUAAAUGUUGAGCCAUACAGUUCAGCUGUUCAUUAUUGGCCGUUAACAAAGAUUGAAAAACAAGAAUUAAAGAUUUCGAAAGAUGAAUGUGGAGAAACCGACGCCAAGGUUUCCGACGGGGUGAAGACGAAAAAAGAUGCUCAGCUAGGAUCAGUGGUAUCAUUAUACACAAAAAAUGUUUCUCUCGUCAUGGAACCAUUACACUCCCGAUGUAUAUAUGAUCCAUCAUACUGUAAGAAAGGAAUCACAAUAGAGUUCUGGAUAAAAUUUCGAACAGGUGAAUGUAUCAUCAGUUCGGGCGGUUAUGCGAGACGUAGCGUUGGUCCGGGAUUUCUACUGAAAUAUAAAUCUCAAAUACAUGGAAUGAAUUUUCUUCUUUCAACAGAAGAUAAACUAUGGAGCCUUGAGUUCCUUGUGAAAAUUUCUACAUGGACACAUUUAAUGUUUACAUGGAAGAGACAACAAGGUCUUGUCGUUUAUGAGAAUGGAGAAUUCCUCGCCCAAGAUAAGGCGGGGAGGAAUGUCCGUCAUCCAAGUUUUGGCAAUAGAUAUCCAAUACUUGCGCUUGGCGAUCCAGGUCUCUUUAGGAGACGAAAAUUAGGAGGAAACUUUGAAAUAAGUCAUUUGAUAAUAUGGACUAGAUCUCUUUCUAAUAAAGAGAUACGAUCAAAGAAUAUCUUUGCCGUCGUUAGACAAGACAAGAAGUCCAUGGAAUGUUGUAAGCAAAGAGUCAACGAUCCUUGUUUAGCUGAUGGAUGUUUUCCUGAAGCUAGCUGCGACAAUAUUGGGCAGACCUAUCCUUGCAUUUGUCCUGACAUCAAGAAGAAUAGAGCAUGUGGAAUCGGUUCAACAGUCAGUGUAUCGUCCCGUUUAGAAGUAAAAGACUCCAGAAUUUUGAUAGUGUCAAUAGCUGUUGGAGUCACAUGCGUUCUAAUGUUACUCAUUAUGACAGCAGUUGUAAUCUCAAGGAUGAAUCACAAGAGACAAGGAGAAUUUGUUCCUGAAAACAACUUAAGUGAUGACAUUACCGCUGACCCUAACACUCAAGAAAUGAUCGCGGCUUCAGUCGACCCAGCUCCAAGAAUCACAGACGUACCAUUCAAGACAACGAUAAUUAAGAAAACAACGAAAAUAAACUUACGCAAACAGGAACAGUCAACAAGUCAAAUAUGAUCAGUUGGUCCUUUGAGC